AUGUCAUCGGUUACCAGCAAGCUCCGUGACUCCUGCAACGCCUGUGCAACUUCGAAAAUCAAGUGCCCAAAAGAGAGGCCAUCUUGUUCACGAUGCGAGAUUCGAGGCGUCAAAUGCCACUACUCCUUCACCAAGCGGCCGGGGAGAAAGCCAGAGAAUGGUGCGAGCCGUCGUCCGUCGAGCGACAUCAUCACAGUCGGCGAUAAUAACCCAAAGAAUAUCGAUUCCAGCACUGACAGCGACCGCGAUGGAGCUCAUUCAGUGCAAGGAGACAAGCAAAAUCAUCGGCGCGCGAGACAACCUUCAGUUGGGGCUCUGUUCUGGGCUCAGAGCCCUACACCAUCAACAACACUACCUGGCAACGCACCUACUACGAUAAACACUUCAAGCGUCAGCGAGUACUUUGCUCUAACAAGCGCCACGGGGUCGACUGCUGUGGGCUCUCCUCGGACAGGUAAUACGCCAGGCCCAGCAGACACGUCCGACAUUUUCUCAAUGCUUGGCGACAUCAAUGCCUUCCCUGAUUUCGACGGGUUCGAUCCCAAGCUUGACAAGUUGCUUGAGUCAGAUAUUGAAUCUGUAUUUUCCAUGCCAUUGCCGGACCCUACAAGCAACAUUCAGCAACCAGAGAGCGACAUCAUAUCACUCCUGAUCCCCAGCAGUUGCAACGAUUUCAAUAUUGGUUUAGUGGACGCCCCAACAAUCGGGGAAACGGGAGCAUUGAAUGCGUCCUCGGUAGCUUCCACUUUAUCGUCCUCCUUGCUGUCAUGGUCGGCUCCAGUCCUUUCAACAUCGUCCACAAUAUCCUCAUCAUCAUCGUCUCCAUCAUCGAAGCCUUCCCACCCCAUCAUCAUUGGGGAGAAUGCAACCUCUGGGACUUUGGCACGAACACUUGACAUCUUGAAAAGUCUAUCAUCCUUACAGAGUUCUCGAACCUCCAGCUACUCUGAUCUGACCACGGCGUCUGAUGCAGACACUUUCGCAAGAGUUGUGCUGGAAGAGAACCAGAAGAGCAUCAAUGCCGUUUCCACCAUCCUUUCUUCCUCCGCUUGCGGGGAGGACAGCUUUCUCCUUGUGGUCCUGUCCAUGAUAGUGCUUAAAAUCCUGGAGAGAUGCGACGCCGCGGCACACAUUCAGCACGAGGACGAGACAGGAAGGGGUUGGAGUUCGCAGCUCAAAAGUAGCGCCAUCUCGCGAAACAUGAAUCAAACACACCAAAGAUCGUUGAGCGGUCCUUCCACGGGCUCAUCUCGCUACGAUGCCGAUUCACGGGAAAACUCGGUUGCCAAGCUUGUGCUUGGUGAGCUACACCGUGUGCAAAGGCUUGUAAAUGAGCUAUCCAAGGAGAUCAAGAAACAGCGUGAAGGAGAUGGUGAAGACCAGAUUAUGAGGGAUAUUGAGAAGGGCCCGAGGGCAUUGGUCACGGCUAACACAUUGGCACAACUCGAGACCGACAUGCGGAAGAGCUUGAGGGCUUUAUCUUCCGAGAUUAUUGACCGACUCCGACACCGUUGA